GCCGGGCGGCGGGCAGUGUACCGUCUAAAUCCGUGGCGCGCGUACGCGUUUUGGUGUCUCACGUGACCGCUGUUCCGAUCUAUUGGCCUGUCGUCGUCGUGACGCACAAAUUAUUUUUCACGGUUUUCGUAAAAAAUAAUAUUUUGUACUGUAUACAUUAAAAAAACAGUUUUCACGAUCAGUAAACUCAUUCUACAACUGUUAUAGAAUUGUGCGCGAGUGAUACUGUUUCCGUCGCAUACACACACACACACACACACACACACACGCGCAUACACAUAUAAUAUAUUGAUAAAUAUUUAUAUAUUAAUAUAAUAUAUGUACGGACUGUGAUCGCCACUGCAGGUGGUGCUUGUGUCGGUGGUGUUCUGGUGAUCCCAUCUCGUUAUCGUGCAAUAAUAACAUGUAAUAUUAUGCUCGAGGCCAAUCGAUCCACGGUUUCCUGUUAAUGGUAUCCUCUGCAUUCACAUGUACUGAAUCUAACUUCUAAGCUUUUGAAACUCGAGAAUGACUCAAGAUAAUGAAUAACAACAUUAUUCUUACACAUAAUUAAACCGGAUGUCAAAAACACAAUAAAAUAUUAGAUAUUUCUUUUUGUAAGAACGUAACCCCAGCAGUUACGGUGCAAAAAUAACAUGACGUCCUCGAUGUACUAAUAGGAUGGUACUAGAACCGAAAGGAGAGCCUAGCACUGAUGGAAUCCAAAAUAGAAUUGGAAUCAAAGGGGUUUCCUAUACAUCUAACGAAGGCCAUAAAAAAGAAUUCGUUCAUAUUGAAGUUGACAUGCCUCCAGCUAAUGGUCAUCUAAAUGAACGUCAAAGGCAGCCAUUGUUGGGCUUAUGUAAACAAGUAACAACAGCUAUUAGUAAUGGUGUUGGUUGGGAACCAAGAAAUGAUUCAAAUACGGACAAUUGUGAGCAUCAACGGCCUAAUAUGGGUCAUAUACACCAAGCCUUGGGAGAUAACAAACAUCAACCUGAUAGUGGGACAACACCUAUUGAAGAUGAUAAUGAUUUUAGUCACAAAUAUCUCAACAACAAUGCCAAUGGAGCAGCUGUGCACAUCGAUAUACCAAAUAAUGUUAACGUAUUACCAUCAAAUGAUAAAAUUAGGAUCCCACAAGAGAAAUUCAAGACUUUUGUUGCAUUAAUAUUGUUGAUUGUGAAUUUUUUAAUCACCACUACAUCUUUGGCGGUUGUCCAUGAAAGAGUGCCUGAUCGUAGUCUGUACAAACCAUUACCGGAUACAUUUUUAGAUGCUGUACCUGCUCGAGACUGGGCAUUAGAUGUAUCAGAAAUAUUUAUCAUUGUCAGCACAAAUUUAACAUUGUUAAUUAUUGCCAGUCAUAAGUAUAGGUUUAUUGUAUUACGUAGACUGAUGUUCAUGUUGUCUCUUCUAUAUCUUCUUCGCUCUGUCACUAUGUUUGUCACUGUGUUGCCCACAUCUAGUACCACUUAUUAUUGUUCGCCCAAAGCCAACUCGACAAAUCCAGUACUGAUUGCUAGACGUGUGUUCCAGUUAUUUUCUGGUUUUGGUUUGUCAAUCAAUGGCAAGCACACAUUUUGUGGCGAUUAUAUAUAUAGCGGACAUACAACAAUUUUAGUGAUGAGCUACUUAAUUACCGUUGAAUACUCUCCCAGACGAUGGUAUUUAUUGCAUUGGGCUUCAUGGUUGAUGGCAGCUGUUGGAGUAUUAAUGGUACUCAUAGCACACGGUCACUAUACUAUCGAUGUGAUUAUAGCAUACUUGGUUACUACACGACUGUUUUGGAUAUACCAUACAUUAGCUAAUAAUGUGUAUCUAAAACAUAGCAGUUCCAAUAAUUACUUAUCACGGGCAUGGUGGUUUUGGAUGUUCAGAUACUUUGAAGGAAAUAUCAAUGGUCCAAUACCUCGUCAAUAUGAUUGGCCUUUACCAUGGCCUCGACGUUUCACAGCUGCCAAAUAUCCAAAUCGAGAUAGUUAGCCCAGGUUACAAAUCUCGUCUAAAAAAAAAUGUUCCUUGGCUG